AUGCUAACGACGUGGCUCGAGCGCUCACCGACGCUAGCAGCAGCUCUGCAAGCGGCGACAGGCGACUCGGUGGAUGGCGAGGACGGCAGUGAGGCGGAGGCGGCGGAGGCGGCGGCAGGCCUAGCGCUGGGGCGGGCACCGCUCGUGGAGGGCGGCGGGAAGGGGAACGGCGUGGUGGUAUCCGUCGCCGCAACCGUCGUUGAUGACGACGCGUCGGACGCCGGCUCCUCGGGCAGCGCCGCGUGGGUCGACGCCGAGGCCAUUGAGGUGGACGCCGACGAGGCAAUCGGCGCGGCGGGCGGUGCGUCCGAGCUCUUCAUCGCCGCCUCCGCCACGCCGCCGCCGCCCGCCGGCUGGGAGUGGCCGCGCAAAGGGGACGAGAUUGAGGUGGAUGAGGACGGACUGUCGACCGUGUGCCGCCGUGCGACCGUCACGGCCGUCAUGGCGGAUGGCUGGUUCCAGGCGGUGGCCCGCUCGCCGUCCGAUGAGGCAGUCUGUCACUGGUUCACGUGGCGCGAAGAGGGCACCGACUGGCGGCGUGCGGCGCCCUCUCCUCUGGCGACGUCUGCACCGCUCAGCGCGCCACGAGGGCGGCUCUGCGGCAACACGCACGAGCGCGUCGGCGGCGCCUUUGGGUGCAUUCUGCCGGCAGGCCAUGCCGGGCCGCAUGACUACGCGCCGCGGAGAGAGCGGCGCUCCGCAAAGCGGCCGCUCGAUGCAUCGGCGACAGCCGGCCCGGCGUGCCGGCGAGCCUUGCAUCUGGCUGUGGUGUCUGAAACCGCACUUGUCUCGAUGCAUCGGCGUGUGGUGCCUCAGUGGGAGCCCCGAGCGGUGGCGACGGAGGCGGAGGCUGCGGUGGGGGCUGCGGUGGAGGGGGCGGAGGCACUGCGUGGCGACGACGAGGUGGAGGUGGAGGUGGAGCAGGAGUCGGAGUCCGGGGUUGGAGCGGAGGCUCCGAGCGACGACGAUGAGGGUUGCGCCGCCACCUCGGGGGGUUCCUCGGCCACGCAUCCGGCUCCGACGGUGGCCACGGAGGCAGAGGGGCUCCAAUUAAAAUUCUCCCAUUAG